UCUCUCAAUUUAAGGUGUUGGCAAUUAGAUUUGCGAGUCUCGCUAUGUGAGAAAGCUAUUUAUGCAGAUUUAAAGGGAGUCUUCUUCCUCUGUAUCUUGAUAAAAAAGUAGAAUUUAUAGGUAAUUAGAAAUACCCAGUAAUGAUCAUCAGCACAGGUAUUGAAAAGAAAAUCAAGAAUUAAAGUGGAGGGGGCGAAAGAAGAUUACACAGAGGUUGAAAUGAAGAGGAAAAGGGAGUUAGAGAAGGUGUCAGAAAUAAGGUCUGCCAUUGAAGAGCUCUCUAUGAUGGUCAAACUUAAACCUGGUGAUAAUCAUGAUGCUGCUCACAUCCCCACAAAGCCAUUUCUUCAUGUCUGCAACCUGGUUAUUCAAAUUCUUGAUAAGAUUGGACCAACAAUGGCUGUUUUGAGACAAGACAUUCAUCAGAAUAUUCAGAGAUUGGAAAUAUUCCAUGAAUCUGAUCCUUCACUGUAUUCAAAUUUGGUGGAGAUAAUGAAGAAAGAGGCCAGUGAAGGCAAUGCAAGAAAGACUACAAGCUCUAGCAAAGCCUUUGUUUGGCUUACCAGAUCCUUGGAUUUUACUUUGGCACUAUUACAAAAAUUAUCAAGAGAUCCAGAGCAGAGCAUGGAACAAGCCGUGGAAGAGUCUUACAACAUCACUUUGAAACCAUGGCAUGGAUGGAUUUCAUCAGCUGCUUUCAAAUAUUUGCAGGUAGCUCUACAACUAGUGCCUGAUAACAAAACCUUCACUAAUCUCCUCAUGGGAAAAGAUGGAAACAAUGAGACCCUUAAAGAGGAAACCCAGAACUUGAUUACAUUACUUUCGCCUUUACUAGAGGAAAUCCACUCUAUCCUGAGAGUAUAUGAUAUGGAUAGGUUAAAGUCAACCUAAGGAGAUAUCAUAUAAAGAAAGCGAAACAUAUGUACUGAGUUUAGUUAUAUAAAUAUGUAAAUAGCUGAGGAGUAUAAAGGGUAUCUCCCUUUUCUCUGUCAUGUAAUAUAAAUAUGUAGAUAGCUGGUUAAGCAUAAUUUGUUACAAAACAACGAAAAAUCAAUCAGAGCUGCUAUAAUGUAUAGAUUUACACACACAAAUAUCAUCUCAUCCUCUUUUUAGCAACAGCUGUCAAUGGGGUGACAGGAACAUCUUUCUAGGAUAAACCUAGCUAAAAGACAAUGCUAAAUCCUCAAACUUCCAAGCACAUUCAUUAGGUUCCUUCCAAUCUAUCAAAAUCUAUUGCACCUCCUUUCUUCUCAAAUUCUUAAUGUGUAUUCACAAGAAUUUGAGACAAUUUACAAGAAAAUCAGGCUUGGAAAUUCAGCUGCCCCUGAGACCAACAGAUAUGUGUUCCUUUAAUUUGGAAGGAAGAAGAUCCUCCGAUAUAAAGAGUAGUUUAAUAGAUUUUACAGUUGAAAGAUAUCCCUAAAGUGAGUGAGAGUUUGUUUAUUAUUUGUGUCUGAGAGUUCACGACAAUUAGUCGAAUGUUUGUAAUCGUACUACAAAUCUUAUUGUUUUGUGUGAAUGUGAUCUGUUUGAUUAUUUAUGUGGUGUGCUUUUGUUGGUACCAAAUUCCAGCCAAUUUGUGUAAAGCUUCCACUGUCACAACAAACUACUGACUAGUAUCAAAAUAAGAUGUUUAUACAACAGAUAGCAUGUUACAGAAGUAUGAUUUGAUCUUUCUUUAGAACUCUUUUUUCAUGGUAGCUAAGGUACUGUGAAGAGAUAAAUAUGUCUCCUGAAGCAAUUCUCACUUAAACGCCCUCUUUCUAGUGAAAGUGAUCAGAGCCACCGACACUAGUUCAAGAUUAAUAGAUUGAACAGUCAAAGACCAUGAGUUUGACAUGUACAUAUUGAAAUAUGGAACAUAUAUCAUAUAUGGGGAACGAAUCCUCAUCAUUUUCCGGUAAAUAUAUCUCCCCAAAGCCGGUUCUGCCUAUUGAAUCAGAAGAUAAUGAUAGAACUCAAACUGAGCAGUCCCGCGAUAAAGCCUCAACACCCAGAUAACAACGAGAAAAAGUUUACUACUUUACCUCUAGAUCAGAUUUGCGUAACUAAAAAAUAGGAAGAGACAUACCAAUUCAAAUGUGUAAUCUUUACUGUGCGAUUUUACAAUAUACAUACACUGCAACUCCUCUCUAGAGAGCAACAGUGCACGAGAGUGAUUGCUUCAAUUCAGCCCAUAUCCUUGUGUUUAGCAUUUUUUCAACCACUUAGAGUGCUUACCUUUAUAUGGUCUGAGCCACACAAGACCCACGUCAUGACUGAUCCAAAUUCCUCUUCUUCCUUCUCGCCUGCAAAUCCACGUAGCAUACAUUCUAUGCAAACAAGAUCCAAGAAUCACACUUUCAAACCCAAACAACUCAAGGAGGGAACCAAUUGAUAUCCUCUACACAAAUCCUUACUCAGUUCAUCCUCCACUGAAAUAGGGCCCAUGAGGGUACAAUGAAUUUGAAGCCCUAACACUAGAAAUAUGAACAUAGUGGGUUGCAAAUGGGCUUUCCGGAUCAUACGAAAAGUAAAUAUGAUGUAGCCCAGAUGUAUUGGAUUAUCAAAGAAGUGGCUGAAUCCAUU